AUGAAGCCACAUCUCGCCUUUAUACUCUCGGUCCUCAUAAAAUCCACUCUCGCAUUCACCCCCAACUGCACCGCGACAACCUUCGCCUUCCCAAAUGUAGCCCUCAUAUCGGCCUCCCUCCACCCUGCCAACACCACCCUCCUGCUCCCGCAAGUCCCCUCCUGCGGCGGCGUCUUUUCCAACCUCACGACGCCAGCCCCAAUCUGCCGCGUCGUCCUCGACGUCCCGACAUCGCCCUCAAGUGCCGUGCGCGUGGAGGGCUGGCUGCCGCCCCCCGAGGCCUGGAACUCCCGGCUGCUCGCGUCAGGGACGGGCGGGAUUGGGGGCUGCGUCGAUUACGCCGUCUUACAGAGCGGCGCGCAGCUUGGGUUUGCGACUCUCGGGACGAACGUGGGACAUGACGGCGCGGCGGGGUGGGAUUUCUUUCUGGGCAAGCCGGAGACGGUGCGGGACUUUGGGACGAGGGGGGUGCAUGUUGAAGCUGAGACGGCGAGGAAGGUUGUGGCGGCGUAUUAUGGUAGGAAGGAGCGAGCGAGGUAUUAUCAGGGGUGUAGCACGGGCGGGAGACAGGGGUUGCAGGAGGCGGCGAUGUUUCCGGGGGAUUUUGACGGGGUGCUGGUCGGCGCGCCGGGGGUGGAUUGCUUGCGGAUUGUGGCGUCCAAGGGGAUUCUGGCGAGGAGGGUUGGGUGGCCUGAUGUUGGCUCGGAGGGGUACGUGAGGGACGAGGUGUGGGAGGAGAUUGUGAGGAGGCAGGUUGAGAUGUUUGAUGCCGCGGACGGGGUGGAGGAUGGGAUUGUGGAUGAGCCGGGACGGCAUGUGUUUGACCCGGCGGUGAUGGCUUGUAAAGAGGGGGAGGAGGAGGGGGAGGUGUGUUUGGGGCCGGAGCAGGUUGAGCCUGUGAGGAGGGCGUACGAGCCGAUCAAGGAUUCUGCGGGGAGGGUUGUGUAUCCUGCCUUCGGGCUCGGGGCGGACACGGGCGUGUUUUCGGAUAAUAUCGUGGAUGGGAGGGCGGAGUUGGUGUACACGAUUCUCCAGGACUUCUGGAGAGGCGCGGUCUACAACGACACCUCCUGGACGCCGCACGCCUUCAACGAGUCGCAGAUGGACUUCGCCGUGGCCCUCAACCCAGGGGGCGUCAACUCUGACUUCCGCAACCUCACCGCGUUCCGCGCGCGCGGCGGCAAGAUCCUGCAGUACCACGGGCGGGCGGGCCAGACCGUCACGCCGGCCCUAAGCUCCGAGUUCUUCGAGGGCGUGGAGCGCGUGGUCGGGCUGACGCAGGCAGAGAUGGACGGGUUCUACAGGCUGUUCUUUAUCCCGGGGAUGAGGCACUGUAGUGGUGGGAGGGGCGCGUGGGAUAUCGGGCAGACGUACCCGCUUGAUGGGCGGCGGCUGGAUCCGAAGGGGAACGCGUUGUUGGCGCUUGUCGAGUGGGUUGAGGGCGGGAGGGCGGUGGAGGAGGUUGUGGGAGCGAUGUAUGGGGGUGAUGGCAAGGGCGAGGUGUUGGCUGAGAGGAGUAAGGUUGUUUUCUGUGUUUUGUGA